AUGGCUGGUAAAGGAAGAUCUACGAAAAAUUCUAAUAGCGAUGCUCUACGAUGUGAAAAAGAAUCAACAGAUGUUCAGUGUGUUUGUUGUGGGAUUUCGUUUGCUGUCGGCAUGACUGAGGAAUCGUUAGAACUAUUGAAGGCAUGUGAUAAUGUCAAAUUUGUGUGUGAUGAGUGCUUGAAGUCACCAUCAAUAAAGGAUCAGGUCAUCAAAACAGUUGAGAGUGGAAAAGCUGAGAUAUGUGACAGGAUAAACAGCUUAAGUAAAGAGAUUAGAUCAGAAAUCGAUGCAAUCAAGGUAAAAUUGGAAGCAAAUGAAGGCAAAAUGUCUGGAUUGGAUGUCCCUGGAUCAAAGCUCUGUGAUGAGAUUUCGAACUUUAGAAAUGAAAUGACCAGAUCAUUUGCUAGCGUGGUCAGUUCUGAGGUUGUGAAAAGUGUCCAAAUCAUAAACGAUGAUGUAAAAAAAGUGCAAAAAACGUUAACCAAUGUAAUGGAAUCGAAGGAACGAGAGGCAAAUAUAGUGGUUUUUCGACUGAGUGAAGGAACGGACGACAGAAACAGGGUUUGCAAGAUAAUCAGUCAUCUGACCGGUGGUGUCUGCGGUGAAACAAACAUAAUAAAGUUGGUACGACUUGGUAAGAAAAAUGAUACGGUGGUAAGACCAAUUUUGGUAAAGUUUGAUGAUGUCAAGGUGAAGGAACUCGUUUUCAAAAAUGUUUUUAAAAUGAAGUCAGUAAGCGAUAAUCUGUCUCAUGUUGGUCUGAGUCAUGAUCUUACUGUUGAGCAAAGAGAUGAACUUAAAAAAUUGAUGGACGACGCCAGACAGAUGGAGAAAAACUCAACGGAGGGUUUUUUAUACAGAGUGCGAGGAGACAGAGAAGCUUGCAUGAAUAUUUAUAUAGGCGGCAAUACAAAUUGCAUUUGCAUAUUGAAGCCAGACCCACACCCAUGUAUCACCGCUCAAAUGCUCUCACGCACGUACAUCUGCAUUCUCGUGCACAUGCCGACGCACGCGCAGACAGGCGAGUGUACGAAGCAGCUGAUGAUUCGGCUGAUGGCAGGCAGGGAUCGGAGUCUUGUGUGCAGUGGAGGCAAGAUGGAGGAGCGCGUCGCUACGAUGAGGAAGUGA